AUGAGGUUAGUGAAGAAUGAUAUUAAGGAGUGGAACAAGAAUUGUUUUGGAGAUAUAGGGGAGAAGUUAAGAAAGACUAAAAAUCAUCUUGAACAAUCACAGUUGAAUCUGUUGAGUGAUCCUACUAAGACUAAUUUUCAAAUUGAGCUAGAAGCUAAAGUUGACUAUCAGGCUGCUACUGUGGACCAAGAGGUUUUGGUUACCCAAAAGUCUAGAAUUCUUUGGCUGAAAGAUAAUGAUAGAUGUACAGAGGUUAUUACUCCUGUUAAAAAACUUAAAGUUAAAGAGGUAAAAGCUUUUGACAAGAUGGUAAGUGCAGAAGAGAUUAAGGGAGUUAUGGGUUUUAAUCCAGAUAAAUCAGCAGGUCCAGAUGGUUUCCCUACUCGGUUCUUUCAAAAAAUUUGGUCAAUUGUGGGAAUGGAUGUGAUUGCUGUAGUUCAAUCUUUUUUCAGUACCAGUGUUAUGCCUAUAGGUGUCAGCAGUUGUUUUUUUACUUUAAUCCCUAAGGUAGGCAAUGCUAAGAAGCUUGGUCGAAGAAUUCAAGAUGCUUUGAUUUUGGCUCAUGCAAUGGUUAAGGAUUUUAAAGGUCCAAAUCAUGCCUCUAUGGCUCUUAAAAUGGAUAUUAAGAAGGCUUAUGAUUCAGUUUCAUAG